AUACUCUCCUACCUUUCAUUCGCUUUGCUUCCUCCCUCCUCUCUCUCUCUCCCUGUUUCUCAGCUUCAGCUUCCACCACCACCACCACCACCACCGGAAUAAGAACAGAUAACCAUGUUUACAUCUUCAGAGCUUCCAGAUUGUUAUUAUCAAAAUAAACCCACCUUUGUUUGCCCGGAGAGCCCCACCCCCAGACAUUCACUCUAUCUCUCUAACCUCGACGACCAGAAGUUUCUGAGAUUCUCUAUUAAGUAUGUAUAUGCUUAUAAGAAAUCUGUAAGCUCGGAGAGCUUGAAAUCUUCACUUUCAAGGGUUCUCGUCGACUACUAUCCAUUAGCAGGGAGGUUGAGAAUUAGCACGGAAGAUCAAGACAAGUUUGAGAUUGACUGCAAUGGAGAAGGUGCUGUGUUCGCAGAAGCUUUCAUGGAUUUUACAGUGGAUGAGUUUCUUGAAGCUUCAAGAGCACCUAACAGGUCUUGGAGAAAGCUCCUUUACAGAGUCGAUGGUCAGAGUUUCUUAGAUAUCCCUCCUCUUGUCAUUCAGGUAACGAGGCUUCGUUGCGGAGGGAUGAUCUUGUGCACCGCAAUCAAUCACUGUCUGUGCGACGGCAUCGGCACUGCUCAGUUCCUGCACGACUGGACCCACCAUACCACCAAACCCAACACCCAUCUCCCCAUUGCACCGUUUCACGGUCGCCACUUGUUGAAACCCCGGAUCCCUCGGAAAGUAGCAUUCGGCCAUCCGGAAUUUACCAACAGUGCCCCCCGGGACAAAAUUACUCAUGUGGACCUCAUGCACAUUCUGCACUCUCAGCCCCUCGUCCCCACUUGCUUAACCUUCACCCCAUCCCAUAUCCUUCACCUCAAGAGGCGCUGCGUCCCCUCCCUAAAGUGCACCUCCUUCGAAGCCCUCGCGUCGCACACGUGGCGCUGCUGGAUAAGAUCUCUCAACCCUCCACCCUCUCUGAAGAUCAAGCUCCUCUUCUCCGUGAACGUGAGGAAAAGAUUUAGCCCAGAGUUGCCGCAGGGGUACUACGGCAACGGAUUCGUGCUAGGGUGCGCGGAGACCACGGUUAAGGAGCUGCUUGGUGGUAACUUACACCACGGGGUGAAACUGGUGCAGGAGGCAAGGGCAUCUCUGACCGACGGCUACGUAAGGUCAAUGGUGGAUCUUUUGGAGGAACGGCGAGCGAAGCCCGACCUGUCGGCGAGUUUGGUCAUCUCUCAGUGGUCUAGAUUAGGUUUAGAAGAGUUGGAUUUCGGAGAAGGGAAGCCGCUGCACAUGGGUCCUCUGGCGAGUGAAAUAUAUUGCCUAUUUUUGCCGGUCAUCGGCGACGUAAACAGUGUUAGGGUUUUGGUGUCUGUUCCGGAGAGUGUCGUAGAGAAGUUUGAAUACUACAUGAAAUACCCAACAGCAGAGAGAAAGAGAGAAGCGAGGGAAGAAGGAAAGGAGAAUGGAGAAGUAAUUGUCUUUAGUCUGAAUUCAGAAACAUCAACUUUGUAAGGAGUAGCAAGGACUAGUUUGUGUACUGUGUACGUGGCUUUUUUCGGUCCGCCUUCUUUUCUUUUGAUUUCUUUCUUUCUUAUUUUCUCUUUCUCGUCAUUUCUUUAUCUUUUUCCCACACAAAAAACUUUCUCGGCCAACGAAAUGAAAUAGUGAAAUCACAUCACUUCGUGUUUGA